AUGUUAAAGAAUCAACAUUUAAUGAAGAAGAGCCGCAAAAGCAACAUGCAUACUGAUCAGAUACAAAAAGAAAACACAGAAGACAGUAUGAACAUAAGAACAAGAUAUGUAAGCGCAAAUCGUUUUCGAAGUACUACUAUGGCACCGAUUGAGGAAUUUGAACAAAAAGUCAAACAAAAUAUUUUACCUGAAACAACACUGGACGAAAAUUUGUUAAAUAAAAUCACUACUACAGUUACACCGUUGGUUAAGGAACAAGCAGUUUUGAAAACUGAAACCACAAAACCAUUGGAAGAAGAAAGUCAGGAAUCAACAAAAACUAUGAAUACGGAUUUUAAUGACGAAAGUUACGUAACCUCAAAAUAUUCGACAACCCAACAAUUUUAUAGUGAAGACCCUGUGUACGCUAAAUCAACCAUAACUCCACAAUUUCACAACGAAGACUAUUUGAUUCAAUCUACCACCCCAAAAACUUUUAGUGAAAAUGAAGGAGAUCAUGUGACUGAAGGAAAAACUAUAACAGUAGCAGGAGAAUCUGGUAGAAUAAUACUGUUGAUAAUAGUGUAA